AUGAGAGAGCUUCGCAUCGUACCCGCCGGACAGCUAAGCUCCCUGGAUUCUCAGCCUUUGAAGAUGACCUCACAGCCAGUGACCAGAGUCGUGCUAAGGCACACCACCAAGAUGUCUCUAAGUGAGCGUUUUGCUCAACUGCGCAAGAACAAACAGCCCCAGGCGAUGGCGGGCAAGGUCCGGGCCUGGAAGAGGCGGCAGCAGCAGCUGGCCAGUGCCAGGAACAGAAGACUGGCCCAGCAGAUGGAGAAGAGACCCUCUGUCCAGGCAGCGUUGAAUCCUAGGCAGAGCUUCGAGGGGCGCCUGGGUGAGAGGAGCAUCCAAGUCCGUUUAGGACGUCCCAUGGGUGCCGUUGACAGGGGAGCGAAUGGAGGAAGAGGCGCAGCCAUCAUCCAGAGAGUCGUGCCCCAAGGAGGAGGAGUGGGUGGGGGACCUGCCGCCAGCACCCUGCCCGGGGGCGGGAUGCCACCCCCAGGUCGGGGCCUGUUUGGUGGUGGAAGAGGGGCAUUUGGAGGCCGAGGACGUGGCCGUGGCCGUGGCCGUGGGCGCGGCCGAGGGAGAGGUGCCCUCACUCGCCCCGUACCGACCAAGGAGCAGCUGGACGCCGAACUGGAUGCAUACAUGUCGGAAGGGAAAGCGCCCCUGGAUGCUGAAAUGGAUACCUACUUCGCAGAGGCGGCUCCUGAGACCUGUGACUGA